UUCUUUUUUUCUCAAUUAAAAUUGCACUACAGCAAAGAUGAGCUGGAUAAGGCCACUUAUGCUGAUAUUGUGUUAAAAUUGAAACAAAAAUUGGACAAAACGGAGCCGGACUUAGUCCAGCGCUUUCGUUUUAGUCAGCGAAACCAGCAACCUGAUGAAUCCAAUGAGGAUUUCGUGCAGGCGGUCAAGCUGCAGGCGGAAUUCUGUGGUUUUGGUGCGUUUAGGGACGUGGCCAUCAUGGACAGGGUUCUGGCGGGUCUUCUUGACGGGAAUCUCAAAGAGAAUUUGCUGAAGGAGGAAAGUUUGACUUUGGACAAGAUGGACAAGUUCAUCACAACAUGGAACAUAGCAAAACAAAACGUUAAAGCAUUAAACAAUCAACCUGGAGAAUCUCAAUUGGGACAGUACAGUUACUUUACACCAGAACAAAUUCAUUACAUUCAAAAGACAACAACACAAAGGCAAGGGUCUUCACGGUACGGAAAUUACAGACAAAAUGAUGGGUUGCAAGGGCAAAAUUUUCCAGAAAGGCGAAACAAUUCCAGAUUUCAGCCUUAUAAAAACUACAAUUCUGAUUCUCAAGUUUACUCUAACCGAAGGUUCAAUAACCAAACACAACAACAAAGGUAUUUUGACAAAAGCUAUGAUAGGAGAUAUCCUCAGACUAAAAUUUCGUGUGAUUUUUGUGGGAAAAUGGGUCAUUCUAAGCAAAAUUGCUUCAAACUUGAUUACUUUAACAGACAAUUUGUGAAUUUCAUGGGUGAGAGUACUGCAGAUGAUUAUUCCUGCAAUGAAGGUGGUGAAAUUGAGUACGCAAAUGCGGAAAUGUUCAACCAAAUAGAAAACUUUCAAGAUAAUAACGACCAAUGCAUGAAAAUUUUUACUGUUUUGAACACAACUUAUGUCAAAUUGGAUGAAACACAAAUAGAGGACCAAAUGGUUGAUUUGGAAGUUGAUGAUAGUUGCUUGUUGAAUGACAGCACAUUUUCUAUACCAAUUGAUGAUGAUAGUUAUGUUGACGUUGAUUUGAAAAGUUUGUUUACCCCGAAUUGGGAGGAUGAUUCGAUUUUGGAUUUGAACGAUUUGUUUGAUAAGACUUGUUAUAAUAUUGAUGAAAAUUGUGAUGGUGCCCCAAAUUGGGAUGAAAAUUUGUUUUGUGGUUUUGGAUUUUUACAGGAUGAGAACAUGGAAGGUGGUGAAUGUAAGAAUGUAGGUUUUAAUGAACUUUUGGCAGAUGUCAGCGUGAGUUUUGAAGGUGCCCCAAAUUGGGAAGAAAAUGUUGUGUGUGGUUUGAAUAACUUAUUUUUGUAUGACGAUGUUUUGGAUAUGAAACAAGAUAUGAUGUUGGUAAAUAAUGUGGGUUCGAUGGAACAUAAUUUUGAUAACAAAAGGAAUAUUUCAAGCAAUGCAAUAGCAGCAAAUUUAUAUUAUACCUCAAAUUGGGAAGACAGUGACAAUUUUGAUAACUGUGAGAGUUCGGACAAAAAGCUGCUGAUUGGCAAGGAUGGUUGUGGAAUUGAGUGUUGUAUUGAUGAUAUACUCGUUCAACACGGUUCCCAGUGGAGCGAGGACAAGAAAACGCGAUGGCGCCUAGUAGCACGAAUCGUCGUGUUGUGGAUUCGAAGAAGAUCGGUGUCGACUGGAAGCGCGGUGUGGCUAGCGCAUCGCGAUCAUCUUAAACCACAUUACCAGCAACAAGACGAACGGCCGAACCUGAUGACGCCGUUCGAGAAGUCUGCGCCGGACGCGGCAGUGGUGGAUUUGGACGUUGAGAUGCUGAAUUUAGACGAAGAUAUAUAA